AUGACCACUGCUUUUGAUCACAACUUAUGUAAUUGUUUUAAAACCUCUUCUGCUGAUACUAAAAUGACCACUGCUUUUGAUCACAACUUAUGGUCAAAUGCAUUAUUUAUACCAGACACCACUAGCUCAGAUGUGAUUAAAACCGAUCAUGGAAACCAGUCAAAUGUGAUGAUAAAUCAAAUGGCUUGUCAAGUUGAUGAAGAUGAUGACAUAAUGGGAAAACCAUGGUUGUUGGAAGGCGGCAACGUGGUGGUGGAAUCACCAGAAGUGGCGGGUGUUGGUUGUGAUAAAAAGAUCGAGAUGAAAGCCAAGAACCCGAAAAUAGCAUUCCAAACAAGGAGCCAAGUAGACAUUCUUGAUGAUGGUUAUAAAUGGCGAAAAUACGGCCAAAAAAUUGUUAAAAACAACAAAUUUGCCAGGAAUUAUUACAAGUGCAACUACAAAGGAUGCAACGUGAAAAAGCAAGUUCAAAGGCUUUCAAAGGACGAAGGAGUUGUAGUCACAACAUAUGAAGGCUUCCAUGCACAUACAAUCCCCAUGCCUCCCCAAGAUAUUAAUCAUAUCUCAAGUUAGAACAUAGCCCGAAACCGAAUUUUAUGUUUUUGUCAUUUUAUGUUGUCUAUUUUGAUGCGAGUAGUUUAGUUGUUUCUG